CUUGGGUGGCCUUGAAAUCUCCUCCCUUAAGAUUAAAAGCAGGAGGAAUGACAAGGGUGUGAUUGCAAACUGCACAGUGAAAGACAGGUGUGAGACCUGAGCUAUUGUGAGAGUUUAUCUGUCUGAGACUCAUCUGUGGAGGUGAAGCUACAAAAUGAGCGGAAAACGUUUCCUGAAGGACGGGAGCUGGAUCAGAAAAACAGAUGAAGAGGAUGAAGACAUUGACCGAGACCCAAACUAUGCCAAAACUGUUCUAGGGAGCAGCGAUGAGGUUACUUCAACCAGGACAUCAUAUGUGCAGUCGAUCAGCAAAAAAUUUGGCGGUAGUCAGGAUGACCUGGGGAGCAGCACCGUACCCUCCAGCAGGACAUCCUACACCAAAAGCACAUACUCAAGCCUGAAGUCAGAUUCUCCCAGCAGCACCACAACCACCACGGUCACCAAGGAUGGCAAAACCACUGAGACCACCAUCACCACCAGCAGAUCCUCUGUGAGUAAAAGUCCUACGAAGACAUUCACUGAGCGGGUCCAGUCUUCAAGCAAAGGGCCGCAAUACUCAACCUACUCACCUACCAAAACAAGCAGAGUGACUGAGACAACUGUUACCAGCAGUAAAGAUGCCGAGGACAAGCUUUACGACAAACUCCUCCCCUCGUCUAUCAAGGGCGACUACACAGACAGUACAUCUACUGUCUCCAAGACUGAGACUGUGGUCGUGAAGAGCAGCCCUGACAUUGAUGCGGAUGACCAACUUUACAAGACACUCAUCCCUUCAUCUACCAAGGAUGAUUUCUCAUCCUCAGACAGCAAAACAACUGUCUCCAGCACUGAAACUGUGACAGUGAGAAGCAGCAUUAAUGGAGAUACUAAAACUACAACCACGACAAGGACGUCCUCUACGGCUGAGGACGACCUGUAUGACCACCUCCUGCCUAAAUCCAUUAAAUCUCCAUCUACUCUGAGUCCUCUCAGCAGCAGCACCAGCAGCAUCACAAAGAGAGAGAUCAUCACGGUGGAGAGCAGCAGAGGAGGAGACAGCCCCACUGUGUCAUCACCAUCCUCCACCCGCAGAACCACGAGCUACAGCUCGUACACUGAUGAUCUUCCCUCCACCACCACCCACACCAAAUCCUACACCAUCAGCUCCACGCCCAGUGACGACUACAGCAGCUACAACUCAUACACUGAUGAUCUUUCCACCACCACCACCCGCACCAAAUCCUACACCAUCAGCUCCACGCCCAGUGACGACUACAGCAGUGACCGUAAAAGCUACUCUUUCUCGAGACCAGACUCCAGUUACGAGUACAGCAGUAUCUCCAGUCCCACCUCCUACACCUCAAAGACGUACAGGAGCAGCAGCAGGUCAGAUGAUGUGAUGACUGAUCCAGUCUACUCAUCCUCCACGAAGAGUGUGUAUGCGUCCUCUGAGAGAACGUUGCUUGAUAAAGACCUGUGCAGCUCCUGCCGUAAGCCCUUCACCGGUGACGCCAAGAUGGUCCUGGACGACAUGAAGAUCAACUGCCACGCUACCUGCUUUAAAUGUGAGGUGUGUCACAGGACUCUGGGUGAUAUGAAAGCUGGGGACAGCCUAUGGAUCUACAAACACAUGGUGCACUGUGAGAACUGCUUCGAGGGCAUCAGAGAGAAAUGGCGACGCUGAGUUCCUCCCGAGCCUUCACUGGAGAUGAAGCACAUGUGACAAGAUAAAAUGGAUUUACUGUUAUCACUAUGUUUUAGGUGAUGUGGGUUCUCCUGUUCUUAUGUUUUUAUGAGGUGACAAAGCUUUAGCUGGGUGACAAAUGACAGUUACAUUAUGAAUGUAAGUUUUUGAGUGCGCACACUAUUACAGCUAGCUGUAACUGUUUUGUUGACAUUGUGAUAUUGCUCUCUGUAUCUACCCCCCUUUUUCACAAAAAGAUAUCAUUUCUGAUAUUCUCUUAAGGAAUAUCUCACCUGCAAAAUAAUCAGUUGUAUAUCAAUUAGUCAUGCCGUGUUGAAUUUGUGAUGAAAAGGCGAACAUAUUGAUUUAUUGAAUUAAUGGGGACCGUGAUUAACAACAUGCAGUAUAAUCCAAGUCUCAUUUACUAAUUCACAAACACAUGCAUGUUUGCUAAAACCUUACAAUUUAAAACUGCACUGAAAAUGAAACUUAUCUAUACUCUCUUCAAGGGCUGACUCCAACACUAAGGUUUAUUUAGUGAUAAUGUGUGUGUUUGGGAAGCACUGAGCAUAUGACUGGAUAUAUAAGACUUGGAUUAUACUGUGCAAGUUGUGUGAGUUUUGAUUUAGUUUUGCUCUUAUUAAACGUGGCACCAAUCAAUAAAUAAAUAUGUUUGAUGGUUUUCUUCAUAAAUUCAAGGUAAUGCAACAUGACUGAUUGAUAUACAAAUGUUUUUUUGGUUGGUGAAAUAUUCCUUUAAGUCUGCAGCCUCUGUUGGGAUUCUUGUGUGUACCAUAAAAGGAGAUAUUGCAGUAUAUUUAGGGCCGGGGGCUUCUUCUGUGUGCAAUAAAGGAAAUCAAUAUAUCUUUCUCUAAAA